CCUUAGUCCAGUUCGUGUGAGUAAUGGCACUUCGUCUUUUGGCCGCGCCUUAUCUUCCGAAGCUUCCCUCUCCAACGGCUAAUGGUCGAGUCCAUUGUUCAGCGAGCACGCAGGUCUCUGAUACUCAAGGAGGACGGAGAUCGGCCAAUUAUCAGCCAACCGUUUGGACUCACAAUUACCUUCAGUCGCUUGAGGCUGAUGAAAGCCAUCAAUCUCGUCGUGCGGUUGAGCUACAGAGAGAAAAGGCACAAAUGUUGGAAGAAGUGAGAGGUGCUCUCAAUGACGAAAAAGCUGAACCCAUGACCAUAUUUGCUCUGGUUGAUGACAUUCAACGCUUAGGACUCGGCCAACAUUUUGAGGAAGACAUUUCGAGAGCUCUUCGCAGAUGUCUCUCUAAUGAUGCGGUCAAUAAAAGCCGGCAGAAGUCUCUGCAUGGCACAGCUCUAAGCUUUCGGAUUCUUAGACAGCACGGCUUUGAAGUUUCUCAAGAUGUUUUUAAGAUUUUAAUGGACGAAAGUGGCAGUUUUAUGAAGACCCUUGGUGGUGAUGUCCAAGGAAUGCUGAGUCUACACGAAGCCUCCCAUUUGGCCUUUGAAGAAGAAGAUAUCUUGCAAGAGGCUAGAUCAUUCGCCAUCGAGCAUCUCAGAAACCUUAAUUGCAACGUCGACAAAGAUCUUCAAGACCAAGUGAAACAUGAAUUAGAACUGCCUCUGCACUGUAGAAUGCCAUUGCUAGAAGCUCGAUGGUCCAUUGAAGCUUACAGAAGAUGCAGAUACCCCGAUCAUCGAAUCCCCGAAUUUGCCGCGAUGAACUUCAACACGUUGCAAUCAAUCCUCCAAAGAGAUCUUCAGGAAAUGAAAUUAGACUUUGGAAAGCUUCCCAUGUAUUCGAAAAAUUGCAAUGCAUGCUCUAAAAUUAUACUGUGUUAUCGCAGAUGGUGGAAUGAUGUUAGCCUCGCGAGAAAUUUGAACUUCGUGAGGGAUAGACUAAUGGAGUGCUUCUUUUGGGCGGCUGGAGUGGCAGACGAACCUACGCUCGCUAAUUGUCGGAAGCGGCUGACCAAAGUGACCUCGCUGAUAACCAUCAUCGAUGAUGUGUACGAUGUUUAUGGCACAUUGGACGAACUGGAGCUAUUCACUGAUGCUGUCCGCAGAUGGGACAUCAAUGCUGUGGACGAUCUUCCAGGCUAUAUGAAGUUGUGCUUCUUAGUUCUCUUCAACAGCGUGAACGAAAUCGCUUACGACACUCUUAAGGAGACUGGGAAAAUUGUCAUCCCGUAUCUAGCAAAAUCAUGGUAUGAUUUGUGCAAAUCCUUCUUGCAAGAAGCCAAAUGGAGCUACAACAAGACUAACCCACGAUUUGAAGAGUACUUGAACAAUGGGUGGAUAUCAUCAUCAGGGCAUGUCAUAUUGAUUCAUGCCUACUUUUUAUCAAGCCCAAGCAUGAGACGGGAGGAACUAGAAUCGCUAGAACAUUACCAUGAUAUCUUGCGCUUGCCAUCCAUGAUUUUUCGUCUUACCAAUGAUCUCGUUACCUCAUCGGCUGAGCUAGAGAGGGGAGAAACAACGAAUUCAAUCAUGUGUUACAUGCAAGAGAUGGAGGUCUCCGAAUCAGAGGCUCGCGAUUACGUUAUGAAAUUGAUCGACACGUCUUGGAAACAGAUGAACAAAUAUCUAGUCAAUGGCUCCACCUUCGAUCAAUCUUUUGUGCGGAUGGCUUACAAUCUUGCCCGGACAACACAUUUCAUGUACCAGGAUGGAGAUGCGCAUGGAGCUCCGGACAACCGGUCGAGGAACCGUAUGCACUCAUUGAUAAUCGAGCCUAUUUCUCUCGAGCAUCAAUCCCUUUCCCAGAAGGUGGGUCCUUGCUUCUCUGGGAGAACAAGGGACCAUCCAUAA